UUCCUUCCCAUUGCUUCCCAUUUGAGGAGUCCAGUGCUGUGACGGACGACUGACUGGACCUUUUCCCCAGGAGCUGCUCGCUCUCUCGAAGCAUUUCAACAUCAUGACCUCCAAUUCCAGUAUAUCCAGCAUGCGACGGCUGGUGGAGCAGCUGAAGCUGGAGGCCAGCGUGGAGAGGAUCAAGGUGUCACAGGCGGCUGCAGAGCUGCAGCACUUCUGUCUGCAGAACGCAGGCAGGGACGCUCUGCUGGUGGGCGUCCCCGCAGGAAGCAACCCCUUCCGGGAGCCACGAUCCUGCGUGGUGGUGUGACGUCCGCUGCGAGAGGAACGUCGUUCACUCAUGCUGCAUUGGAAGCGUCACAGUUGGAUCUUAAAAAACAAAAAACAAACAAAAAAAAACCCUCUGCCCCUUUUGCAGCAGCAGAACGAAUGCAAACGAGAAACAGGGUGAUGUGUCAAGAUUGUAUACUGUUUUAAAAAAUAUAAAAUAACCACAAACUACAUAAAUA